AUGAGAUGUUGUAAUGGGAAUUAAUUUUGUAGCAGGAGGGGCCAUUGUGAUGGCGUGGCGAGAUGAUUGAUAGAUACAGCAUCUCCUGUACUGCAGAGGAACCCAACUUGAACACUUUCUUGAGCAAGCAAACACCUGUUCCUGUUCUUGCUCUUGUCCUUGUCCUUGCUGCAUCACAUUCAUUCAUAAUCUCACUCUCUUUCUCUCUCAUGUGUUAUUGUUAUUAUCUCUCAUUCACAGUCACAACUCACCAGUCAUAACUACUUCCAAGCCAAGCUGUAAAAUUCAACUUUUCUCCCUUCCACUUCUGCAUGAGCUACCUUCCAACUUAGAGAGAAAGAAAGAGACAGUCAGAGAUCUAAUGGAGUACGAGAGGAUAGAGAAAGUUCAGGCUGGAAUAAUUUCUCCCAGUAAACUAAGGAUGAAGUUAUUAGGACCUCACCAUCAUAGGAAGAAAGAUGGAUCCAACAGUAACUCAUCCAGAACCUCCCCCUCAAGGAUUGAGGAUGCUGAAUUUGUGAAUAGCUUACUUGACUCAAAAAAUGACAACCUUGAUGAUGAAGUAACAUCUCCGAGCUUGGAUGCUCUGUCAUUAAAGCCAUCUAGUAAUGCCUUGCUGGACCGGAAACAGAACGGCCAGAUUUCUUAUGGACCUAAGGAGACAAUGCCUAAGGAAAAUGGCGACAUGGGGCGUGCAAAGACGCACCAUUUUCCCAAGGUUGACACCGGAAGUUCAAGCGCAAUUCAUGCGGUGAGGGCAAUAGAAGAUGAAAAUCUUGAUUAUGACAGCAAUGCUAGCUCGUCCAGCUUUGAGUUUGAUAAAGGGGAGAGACCAGGGAACAAUCCUGCCACUAGAUCCCUAUUCAGACCUAUUCCUUCUAAGUGGAAUGAUGCCGAGAAAUGGAUAAUGAAUAGGCAAAAUAUACAGGCUAAUCACUCAAAAAAGAAGACUGCUCAUAACCAAGCAAAUCGCAUGCCAACAAAUAUGGGGAGGGUUGCUCCAGAAUCUGGUAAUUGUGAUCACAAACUCCCAACAGGCAAAGUUACAGAAACAAAGCGAGUCGAUUUCUGUCAGCCAACAUCACAUAUGGGAUUUGAGAAAUUCUCUUUUGUUCCCUCCGAUGCUCAUUCGGUUUCAGGUCAAGCACACGGAAGAAAUCCAGUGGUGGAGUCUCUUCCCCAAAGCAAAGAUCUAAAAGAAGUCAAUGAAUUAGGUUUAUCUUGCUCAAGAAGUACAGAUGAUCAGUCAGUGACGCCUGGGAUAAGAUCUGUUGCCAUGAGAGACAUGGGAACUGAAAUGACCCCUGUGCCAAGUCAAGAACCUUCCCGGACUGCUACUCCUGUUGGGUCUGCGACCCCACUACGGAGCCCAGUUUCCUCAAUGCCGUCGACUCCUAGGAGAGGUGCACCUGCUCCCACACCGUUGGACAACACAACAGAUGAGGAUUCCCAGUUUCCAGUUGAAAAUGGAAAAAGGAAUUUGUCUGAAGAAGAAAUGAAGAUCAAGACAAGGAGAGAGAUUGCAGCCCUUGGGGUGCAGCUUGGUAAGAUGAAUAUUGCUGCAUGGGCAAGCAAAGAUGAGCAGGAAAAGAACAAAUCUUCGCCUCAGGAGGCGAAUGUGAAUGAACAGGAGAGAAUUGAAUUUGAAAAACGUGCGGCUCUGUGGGAGGAAGCUGAGAAAUCUAAACAUACUGCAAGAUUUAAGCGUGAGGAAAUCAAAAUUCAAGCAUGGGAAAGUCAACAAAAGGCAAAAUUAGAAGCAGAAAUGAGAAGAAUUGAGGCCAAAGUUGAGCAAAUGAGAGCCCAGACACAUGCAAAAAUGGUGAAAAAGAUUGCUAUGGCGAGGCAAAGAUCAGAAGAAAAACGUGCAGCAGCUGAAGCUAGAAAAAAUCGAGAAGCAGAAAGAACUGCGGCUCAAACAGAAUACAUUCGCCAAACAGGACGAUUGCCCUCUUCCAAUUACAUUUGCUGUGGUUGGCUGUGAUAUAUACCUUAAACGCUGCGUUUAGAAGAAAAUGCACCUUACUACAAGAUUGCUUAUCUUUCUUACCGUGGAUGAUAUGGGUCAUUAAAACUGGUAUAUCAUCUUAUACGUUACUUGAAACCUUGUAAUUUUCAAACACCUGAGUGCUACGUUAAAUUGAUUGCAGAGUGAUGUUUACAAGUCACAAAACUGUGUCUUUUUUUUUCAAAAAAAGAAGAGAGAAAUGCUUGUUGUGAUGUACCUGGCUUUUUUAGUUUACUCUAAUGUAAAUUUUGUUGUGAUCUUGCUUUCAGUUUA